CCGCGCAAACGAGCGCCCGCCCGACACGAUCGUCGUCAAAAUAUCCGAAUGUGCAUGCGCGUAACCGUUGUGGUUGCGCGGGCCGCUGCUUCAUUCGGCUUUCAGCGCUCGGUGUUGGCGUGUCGGCGUAGCCAGUUCCCAGAUUCUCUCUCUCUCGCGCACGGAAAAGCAUUCGAUUCAGCGAGACAUGUCCGGACGCGGUAAAGGCGGCAAGACCAAGGGGAAGGCGAAGACCCGUAGCAGCAGGGCAGGGCUGCAGUUCCCCGUGGGGAGGAUCCAUCGUCUUCUCAGGAAAGGCAACUAUGCGGAACGUGUCGGCGCCGGUGCACCGGUCUAUCUUGCUGCCGUGAUGGAGUAUCUGGCGGCUGAAGUGCUCGAGUUGGCUGGAAAUGCCGCCAGGGACAACAAAAAGACUAGGAUAAUUCCACGUCACUUGCAAUUGGCUAUUCGUAAUGACGAGGAGCUGAAUAAAUUAUUGUCUGGAGUGACCAUUGCUCAAGGUGGAGUACUGCCUAAUAUUCAAGCAGUCCUGUUGCCGAAGAAAACUGGUACUGGUGGUUCUGGAAAAGGCGACAAAGCAUCUCAAGAAUAUUAGAUUAUUAUACAUUUAUAACUCUUUAUCGUACUUUAGAAAUAUGUCUCUGUUUCUCAAAAUAAGAGGAAAAAAAUAAUAUCCCUAUAAAUCUCAACAGCAAAUUUUAUAUCUGAAUCUAUGACACAUUUUUUUGUAUGCUUAAUUGACAAUCUGCAAGCAAAUAAUAUUAUAUGGAGAUCCUGGAAUAGAUAUUCUACUAUUUUCAUUCAUGUUUUUACAUCGCGCUAAGUCCUAUCUUGGACACUGUUGAAAGUAUAAUUGCUGUCUCAAUAAAAUACAUUUGAUUGAAAAUAUUCCAGUGCUAAAUAGUAAAUUUUCAAUUGCGUUUUAAUUUAAGAUUAUGUUAUAACAGAUACAGUAUAACUUAUUGCUGAAUAUUUCUUGACUUAUUUAAGUACAAUGUUUGAUUUAGUGAUAUGUGCGUGUUAUGUAUGUUUUCUUUUGCUAUAAUUUACUAUUACUAUAAUGUUACUAUUUUUUUUUAAUUUUUUAUCUUUUUGCACCUUUCGUGCAUUCCUAUUGUCUUACAUCUAGAAUCAGAAUUUCUAUUGUAUUAUCAAUAAACAUUUUAGCAUGCAUAAUGAAAGCAUUUGAUUAUUU